AUGCUGGAAAUCACGUGCAACGAUCGGUUGGGUAAGAAGGUGCGCGUGAAGUGCAACCCGGACGAUACCAUUGGCGACUUGAAAAAGUUGAUCGCUGCCCAGACCGGUACGCGCUACGACAAGAUAGUGCUGAAAAAGUGGUACACUAUAUAUAAGGACAAUAUCAAGUUGGCGGACUACGAAAUUCACGACGGUAUGAACAUCGAGCUUUACUAUCAGUGA